AUGGGCGUCCUCCUUCUCCUCGGUCUGCUGCGUCGUCUGGGCGGCAACAACAAGCGCGACUGCCAGCAGGACUACGACCGCGAGCUCCGGCGCGAGUACCGACGCCAAUGCAAGCGCCAGCGCCGCUGGAACCGCCGCCACCCGCACUGCCACGCUCCAGGCGUCGUCACCGCUGUCCCAGUCGUGACGCUGCAGCCGACGCCCAUGGCCAUGCAGCAGCCACCUCUAGUCGACCAAACCAACAGCAGCCAAAAGGUGGCGGAGCCCAACACGGCGGCGACAGGAGUGUAG